AAUGUCAGAAGUAAUAGAGGAUGAUAGUAUUGAUAUGAACAAGUUAAAUCAAGUAUUAAAAUCCUUGAAUCAAUAUACUGAAUAUGAUAUUCUUGCAAGAGAAGUCUUAGGUAAAGAUAUUGUUGUGUUCGAAGACAAAGUUGCAUUUUCCGUUGAACUAUCUACUAGUAUUGCUCGAAAUGCUCUAAAAAAGCUAUUUCAUUCAAAUAAAGAACUGGAUAAUUUUGAAGUUUGCCGGCUAUCAACAAUUUUACUUCUUUUCUUUCCCGAUGUUAAUAGUGCUUGGAAUCGAAGAAGGCACUUAAUUCUAACAGGAUUUCUACAACCAAAGGAUGAGCUAAUCUUUAGUAGUCUUAUUUUAGGAAAAUUUCCCAAGUGCUUUUCGGCUUUUUGUUAUAGGAGGUUUAUAAUUACUAGAUGUGGCUUGUGUCUUGAAGAUAUAGUACAAAAGGAGGUUGAGGUGUGCGACAAAACAGCAAGAUUAUAUAGUAACAAUUAUUAUUCAUGGACUCAUAGAAUCUGGUUUGUUCAGUUAUAUUGUAAAUCAUCAGCUAAGAAAUCAGAGUUGUUAACUACUGAAUUUUCAAUAUCGAAGAAAUAUGUCGAAUACCAUAUAAGUGAUUAUAGUGGAUUACAGUAUCGUCAAUUUCUUUUAUCUUUAAUGAAUGAGUGCUUAAAAGAAGAGCUAUAUUUUACAGAUUCCCUUAUAAGAAUCUAUUCUGAGCACGAAUCUCUGUGGUAUCAUAAAAGAUAUGUACUUAAUCAAAUAUUAAAAGGACGAAAUAAUCUAGAAAGAAAAGACUUAAUAGAAAAUGAAAAAUUGUUUAUCGAUGACUUAAAAAAGAGGUUGUAA